UUCUUUGAUUUAUUCUCAACAUUUUAUUUGGAUGAAGUUGACAAGUCAGACAGAUCAAGAUAUUCCUAUUCAUAUUGUUUCUAAAGUCAGUGUACAACAAGCUCAUGCUGAAGAAGGACUUGCAAAGCAACACGGUUCUAUCAAAACUCGCCAAGGACAACGUGGAUAUUCUUCUUUUCAUUUGGGACUCACUACUACCAACGAUAACAACAAACAAGAAUUUUAUACAAACUUACAAAAACGUUACGAAAAAGACAAGGAACAGCAAAAAAUACAGACAUUGAAGCAACAAGAGCAACCAACUGGCAAUAAUGAACAACCAGACGAGCAAACACAACGUGCCAUAGCAGAAGCGGAAGCUUAUGCUCUCUCACGAACUACAACUACCAACCAUGAUAUAGAUAGUGAGGAUGAAAAGGAAAAUAUGGAUAUUUCUGGUCGCAACAUCUUUGGAUUCUCAACUGUACGCAAUAAAUCUGUUUUGAAUAUGAUGAAACGAGCCAUUGAUGACAACAACAAUAACGAUCAGGAAGACAGCAGUACCAUGAUACCCACCAAAAAACGUGGUCGACCUUCUCGCAAUCAAAAAAAAGUGAAUACGACACAAAGCAGCAAUGAUAAGCGACAACGUCUAGAACGAAAGAUGGAACUUGUCAGUUAUAUACAACGACGCGAAGGCAAGAAAAUGAAUACACAAAUGGGUGAGGAUGAUGGCAACAACGAUAAUGACAACGACAAUGAUGAUGAUAAUGAUGAUGAUGAUGACGAUAGCGAUGAUGAAGUAAAAGCAAGAUUAACAGGAUCAUUACUUGAUGAAGCUUCGGGAUACGAGCGAUACUUUCAAGAUUUGCACGGCAGUUCUAAAACAUCCAACAACACAUUAUCCAAAUUACCUCUACUAGAACCACAAGAAUUUCAAUCGAUUCUAGAAGCAGCCCCAGUUAAACAUGGUCAAGAAAGAGCAACACUCACAGCACAUCAUGAACAACAUUUCCCACAGUGGCUAUUCGAAUUACAAUCAGGUUUUAAUCUUGUAUUCUAUGGUUAUGGUUCCAAACGCAAGUUGAUCAACAAAUUUGCCAUGGAAGUACUGAACGAUGGACCUCUGAUUGUAGUCAAUGGUUUUUUCCCCACAAUCACGAUCAAGGAUAUCAUGACGAAGAUCUUGGUGGGUGCUUUGGAAGCUAGCAAUGUACCUGGAACACUUCAAGAACAAUUGGCAAUGAUACAAGAUUAUUUUGCAGACGAGGACCGAGCGUAUAAACGACUGUAUUUGGUAGUACAUAAUAUGGAUGGGAUGAAUCUUCGGAAUGACAAUGCACAAUCAGCACUGGCCACUUUGGCGGAAGCAAGCAAUAUUCACCUUGUAGGAACGAUUGAUCAGAUCAAUGCAGGAUUAUUGUGGGACAAUGUACGAGCAACAAGAUUCAAUUGGAUUUAUCACGAUGCAACGACAUUUGACAAUUACCUUGUGGAAACCAGCUUUGAAAAUUCGUUAUUGAUGCGAUCCAGUGAAAUCGGUGGUGCCCGUGGUGUACAAUAUGUCUUGGCUUCUUUAACCUCCAAUGCGCGUGGGAUCUUUAGAGUCUUGGCCGAAUAUCAACUCUUGGAAAUGGAAAUGAACAACACAGAUCGUGGAUCGGAACACGUGGGUCUCCCUUAUCAUCAGUACUAUGAAAAGUGUCGUGAACAAUUCUUCGUUUCGACUGAAACCGGUAUGCGUUCGCAAUUGAUGGAAUUCAAGGAUCACAAAGUCAUGGUUACCAAACGUUUACCUGAUGGAACAGAACUUUUUUAUAUGCCUUUGGAUAAAGCAACUCUGAUGGGGAUCAUUGAAAAUAUGGAAUAGCC